UCUCGCACAGAACUUGGUGCUUCUAUGAAACUUCAAGAAAUAUAUUUAUGAAUUUAUUGAAUAGUUCUCUACUAUUAGAAAUUCAAACUUUACGAUAGGAUGGAGUCACAUACAGUUAAAAAUUAUUUAAAUCCUAAGUAUGAUGAAAUGUUUUUAAAUGUUGCUCGUGAAACUGACACAAUAGAAGAAUUUAUGUAUGCGCUUUUUGAAUUUUUAUUUAAAAGGACAAUGUUUGUUACAACAUCUAAUAACCAAAAGGAAUCAAUUUACUUAUUAAAUAACUAUUUUAAAAAUUGGUGGAAUUUAUCUAUGAAUGAAAAAAAUAAGUUUUAUGAAGAUUUGCCAUUAGUUGAUUUAACAGAUCAAAUAGUUGAUCAUAUUGAAGAAGUUACGCUUGAAGAUGAUGAUAAACUUGUAGAUAAACAUGUUGUGUAUAAUAGCAAUAUUAAUCAAAAUUUAUCACAUAAUUUAUCUACGUAUUCCAAAAUUCAUGAAGAUUCUGGAGAAAAAACUACUUAUUGUAAAAAAAAAUUUGAUGUUAGUAUUAAUAAUGAUCAAGAUAAUAUAAACAUAAAUACUGAACAAAUGAAAAAUAAAGAUUCUAACAUAACUAUUAUUGAAGAAAAUUCUUUAAAAAAUGAUUUUCAAACACCUUAUGAGAAAAUAGUAAAUAAAAACAGUUGUAAAAAUUGUAUUGACACAACAAAUGGAGUUGAUCUUGGACAUUACUGGUGGUCACAAACUUUUAGUGAUAUCUGUCUAAAUAUUGAUCUCUCAGGCUUAGUCAAAAAUUCUAAAGAUAUCUUCGUAAAGGUAACAUCAAUGAAUUUAGAAAUAAAAAUAUUUAAAAAUAAUGUAUGGAAAACAUUAAUACACGACAAUUUUUUUAAAACUAUCAAAGACCACUUAUGGACUUUGACACCAGAAAAACAUUUACAGUUAAAUUUAGAAAAAUCAAAAGCUGAGUUUUGGUCAAAAUGUCUGUGUAAUGACUCUUAUACAGUAAACAAAAAAAAUGUUGAACAUCAUAUUCCAUUUCAUGAACUGCCUGAAGGUGAAAAAAGUAAAAUUAGUGAAAUAAUAUGUAAACAAGAAGAUAUUGAAUCUCAAAAUAAUGAGAAUCUUGAAAAAUUGAAAAAAGCUUGGAAUUUACCAGGAUCACCAUUUGCAGGAACACCCUUUGAUCCAGAUAUUGUUCAAUUUCCAUAAAUAAUCGUGUUUUAUGUAUAAAUUUAAUGAUUAUAUAUUGUGUAUUUGAUUAUUAUAUUAGAUUAAGGAUCUAUUAAAUUAUUUUUGAAAUUUUAACAAAAUUAGAACAUUAACUACUUUUUAUAUAUUGUUAAAGUUUAAUUGACAUUCAACAUUUAUGUGUAUAAGUAAAGAUGUACGGACUACUCAUCUUUUGAGUAAAUGUUGGAUACUCGAUUUUCUUUUUUAGGACUUUGCAAUUAACUUGUAUUUGGUUUGUAAGAAUUUUUUUACUCGUUAUUCUGUUUGUAAGCACUUUUUCAAUCAGUUGUUACUCAUUAUUUGGUUAGUACAUGUAUUUACUAUUCGAAAUAUCUUCAAUAUAUAAGGUAUUAUUUUACCAACAAUUUUUUUUUUAUAAAUGUAAAGAAAAUUUGUAAUAAUUGUGGUAUUUAUUUUUUCAUCUUGUAUGGUUUAAGUUUAAUUUAAUAUGAUAAUGCAUGUUUGUAAGUAAUUUAUAUUUGAACAUAAAAUUAUAGUAUAGUUUUAAUUAUA